CGGUAAAGAGACUUAUCCAUUAAAAAUACGAUGAGAGUGUAGUCAAUGCGGGUAUUUUGAAAAUAUUAUUUGUUUGGGACGCAGGCCGAACAUAAAUAUUUUUUUUAAAGUUGGCAGGUAGGCCUUAAUAGUUAUAAUAUAAUAUUAAUUAUAUAUUGGUAUAAGCACUAUUGUGACGGCUAGUGCCUUUGCUAAUUUGAUGAGUAUUUUGAAAUAUAUGAAAGUAAGUGCUGCACAACGGCAACUUUUUAAAUAAUUUUCUGAAUAUAAAUAUGCCAAUCAUUGACUCAAUGUCACAAUCAUAAUGGGACAUGGAGUUUAGUUUAGGGCCAUUGUAAUGCUGUUGGGGUAGCCUACUGCUCACGCAACAUUAAUAGUCUAAAAUAAGCCUUUUUUGACUGUAGACUGUAGGUCAAUUGACAGUCAGUCAACUGGCAAGUAAUUCAAGUAUUGUUAUUGCAAUUGGUCUUAGUCUUAUUUUCAUUGGUUGAUAUUUUAAAUUUAGGCUACUACAGACCUGCCAACGAGGGUUGCCAACUCAAUAAAAUAAUAUUUACUGAUAAAUAUAAGAACUCUCAACAAAAUUUACGGACCAAAACAUUUUUUUACGGACACAUUUAACAUAAAAUGUUGACCUUAAAACGAAUGAAUAUGAAGCAUAAUCCAAGCAUUGUAGCUAAAAAAUGUAAAGUAUCCAUAUGAGUACGUCUCUAUUUAAAUGCUCAUAUUUUAUAACGUUAGUCUAUUGUAUGACAUUCAUCAUCAGUGACAGUAUGACAUUCAUCAUCAGUGACAGUGUUUAAUUCCUCCUGUUUAUGAUCAUAAUCAUACAUAGAAUUAGAAACAUUUACACUGUCGAUCAUUGUGUGAAUAAUUUUUCCUGGUCCAUUUCUUAGUUGGUCAACUUUCCAACAUUGGAGUAGACAAUUUGUUUCUCAAGUUGGUUUUCAAUAAACGCAGAAAAACGCAUUCUACUUCUGCUGUUCCAAGUGGAAGCGCCAACAUUGUGCAAACUUCGAAAGUAGCGGAAAUCUGUACUCUUUGUUUCCGAUAUUUCUAGUCAUUUGUCCAAUUUGAUGCCAGAAAGCAUCUAGCUGUCCAGAAAGCUCUUACAGUUUAUUAAUAGAGAGUGGGAUGCCACUAAAAAAAUUUGAACAUUAAAAUUUAAAUCAAGAAAAUAGAUAUCACAAACAUGAUUUACUGUUUUUUUUAAACGUUGAGAUUCCAUGUUUUGUCGAUUUUUUUUUUACGGACGUCUUAAUUUUUUAACUGAAUUUUACGGACAGGCAAUUUGACGACAAAUCUUUACGGACUGUCUGUAAAUUUAUGGACGGUUGGCAACCCUGCUGCCAACCCUUCCGAUUUUGACUGAAUUAUACUGAAUUUUUAACCCUCAUUCCGACCUUCCGAUAAACCGCUAAAAAUUCCAAUUUUUCUAAAGAAUAUUAUAUUACAGUGGUGCCUCGAGAUACGAAUUUAAUUUGUUCCGUAACCUUGCUCGUAAGUCAAUUUGCUCGUAUCUCCAAGCAAUUUUCCCCAUUGAAAUUAAUUGAAAUGCCAUUAAUCCGUUCCAGUCCCCAUAAUGCCCCCUCAGUUGUUUUUUUUUUUUUUACAUGUUUUUGAAUAAGAAAAAUGUCUUUAUAGAUGACAAAUAUUGUAUAAAAACAUAGUAAAAGAGAAUGUAAAGAAAUAAACUGGUUUUAUAAUCUGUAGUUACCUUGGAAUCCAGCCGACUUGAGCAUACGAAAGAUGCUGGCAGAGGUGUAGUGUGGAGGAGAUAGGCGGAGGAGCUUCACUUUGUUCACUUACUGGCUACACUGUUAAUGCGAAACUCUUUCUGUCAUUUUUAUUCACUUACUCGUUACACUCACAAUGCUGCACUUUAUCCAUAAACUUAAUGGAACUUAACUAAACUUCACUGAACUUAAUUGAACUUUAAUGCCCCUGUACAAUUUGUUGUUACUUUUACUUAAUUUUCGUCACUGCAGCCGGCCGACCCCCUGAUCUGGUUCCUCGUAUCUCAAAUAUUUCUCGUAUCUCCAAGCAAAACAUUGCUCGCUCUACGGCUCUUAUCUAAAAAAUCUUGUAUGCCAGGGCACUCGUAUGUCGAGGUACCACUGUAUUUUUAAUUUGGGGCUUCGUUCCCAGGAGCCCCUAAAAUUUGACAGACAAGUUUUCAUGACCAAUACAGUGAAUGAGUAAAAAUUCCAGUUUUCCUGCAACACCAACACCCCUGAUUACAAACGUUCCCUAUGCCUAAGGUAGCCCGCUUUAGCCUCUUUGGUCCACUAAAGUCCAAAGUGCUUGGACUGGAGUUGGCCAAUGGAAUUGCCUCUCUCAGACCACUUGAUGUUACAUAGGAGCUGCUCAUUCCUGCCCAAGACAAUCAGGGACUGGAACAAUCUUUCAAAAGGAACGGUUGAGGCGACAACACUAGACACAUUUGUGUCUAUUCAUUUGUGUCUAUUGCUGUCUAUUGCCUCAAGCCUUCAAACCCCUAGUGCAUGAUUUCCUCAUCAACACCGGUAACAGAAACAUUGCAAAUCCCAUCUACAUGCAUAGGAGCCAAAAUGAUCAAUAAAUUGAUCGUGGGCCCUUAAGAUAUAGAAGAAGAAGAAGAAGUGCAUUUAACGCAAGCGUCCACGUCUUAAUGUUGAAUCCAUUUCAGUUAGUUCUAAUAUAAGUGGACAGUGCCAGUCUUUUUUUUUUUUUUAUUACUUUUUUUGUUGAAGAAGGGAUGGGGGCGUGGUGAGUUGAGACGCCGAAAAUAUAUUGUUCUAAAAGCCAUAUGUUUCCAUUUUAUCCUUUUGGUAGGAGUAUACCCGAAAAACUCCAAAAGAGGGUUCCGAUGCGGCUUGCGCCUGCACUGUGUAUUCACUAACCUGCAUGUAAGUUUGAUCAGCAUCGACUUUUAGCAGAGCUGGGUUAACUUUUGGGAGUCUUGGUGCAAUCAUAACACCCCACCCCCACCAAAAAAAAACCCAACAAAUAACAACAACAAAAAACGAAUUAAAACAACCCCCCUCAAGUAGACACUCUCUCUAACAACUUUAAAACAAUCCAUUUGAAUUAAAUAUUUAAUUAAAAAAAUAAAAUAAAACAAGGACACCAACUUUAACUGAAAGUAUUAGGCUAUAGAGUUGUGCUUGAAUUGUUUGCUUAUUCAGUUGCUAUGAUACGCCCGUCCAAUUUUUGAAGUCUUCCCACCACGCUUUCCACACGUAGAGAAGGAAGCAAUGAUUAAUUGAAACACAAGACUUGCCGUACAAUCCGACUUGGUGUGUAAAAGAGUUAAAUUUGCCGAUCUGUCCGCAGGCCAGUUGCUGAACACAGGGGAGAUUUUUUAUUAUUUUUAAACGAUUGAACGAUCUUCCACCACUGCAGUUAAACUUAAAAUAAUAACAUUUCAUUUAAAGUAAUUUCUCAGCGCAUUUCAGACAUUUUGAAAAAAAACUAUCUUGUAGAUUAAUAGUAGUACAUUGUAUUCAACAUCUUUUGAGGAGUGACUAAGUCUACUGAAGUUUUGUUUAAAAAGAUCCCUAUUGUAUCCUCUCGUUGUAAAUUUCAUAUUUUUUUUAAUCGGGUGAAUAACAUUCCACAAAUGAAUUUUAUUGAUUAAUAUAUUUUAGCGCUGUUUGUGUCACAAUGUACAAAAAUGAUUUUAUUGAUUCAGAUAUUGUGACGCUGUUUGUGUCGCAAUGUACAGACAUGAAUUUAUUGACACAGAUAUUGCAAUACUGUUAGUGUCGCAAUUUAAACAUGAACAGCUUUGAUCAAAUUCAGAAUAGACUUGUAUUCUUAGGCCUAAAUAAGUCACGAUGGCAUCACCUAUGAAGCCAUCCCUAUGUGCGCAAAAAAGUCACAUUUUCGCCCCCUCUCUCGCCCCCGGUGCACGCGUACUUUCUAUUAGACACCCGGCCUAUUUGUACGUACAAGGGACUUUCGACCCCCCCCCCCCCCACAACCACCAAAAAUUAAUUGAUACACAAUUAUGACGUCACAGUAAAAAAUGUAUCACGGGUUUUCACCGCUGUUUGGCGUGCCCAGUGGUUCUCAAUUUUGCACCACUUCACCAUGGGGUGCCGCGUUACCCUUGGGCAGGGCUAUGCGAAAGGGGAAACCUGUUAUUAAAAAAAAUUGAGAUUGCUAGACUAUCUCGAAUUGUUGAAUAUGUUAGAAGUUAAAACCUAAAUUUGGAAAGGUCACCAAAAAAGAAAGAAAAAAAAGUGCACUUGGAACAUACAAAAGGGUCAUCCCAUAAAUGAUGACACGCUAUUUCAGCAGAUCCCCCCCCCCCCCGGUCCUAUUAAUUUUUUCAUUUUCAUGUUUGGCCAAAAGGUGUUUGGAAUUCAAAACCCCCCCCCCCCCCCAAGCCCAGUCAAGCAAUAACAAUACUAGCACCCCGGGUGGGUGGGACCCGCUAACCAUGUAUGGCUACUCGUCUAAGAGAAGGAAACUCUGAAUUCAAACCCGGAGAUGGAGUCCUGCAGGCGGGUAACAUGGGGACAAUGAAACAUUCCCACAAUUCCUGCGAUGCCAUUGGUGCCAAGCUGUAUCAUCCACUUGAUGUUACCUUGGGUUAUUCAAGGGCAUGAAGAGAGGCAAUUUGCUGUGUGGGACCUAGCUUAUAAUCCUGAAGUGAAAAGAAAAAUCUCAGCCCUUGUGAUUUCGGCUUGCGAAGUCUUCACCAUCGUCACAUUGUGACGAACGGAUGCCAUGCCAAUGAGUCUAUCUUGACAAACUAGUGCUUAUGCUUUUAAAAUUAUGGCUUUUGUCUAAAAUGACCUAAAUAGCUAGUAAUGAUAAUUAGUCCUAAUUAGUAAUGACAUAUAAAAAUAUAGUAAAAAACAUGUUUGUUAAAACAUAAAUUUUAAAUUUCUAUUGUUAAUGGAAUAGGUAAAUAAUGCGUGACAAUAAUAAAUUUUAAAAAUAUAUUAAUUAACGUUAAAAUAUUAAAAUGAGAAAAUGAAUUCAGACUUCAACAGGGAUAACAUGUAAAAUCAAAUUAUUUUAUGUAGGUUGUUCUUUUUUGCUGGCUUCCCUUCGUCACGAUGGUGUAGACUUCUUAGGACGUAAUCCACAAGGCCUGGAAUUAUUCAUUUUAGGAUUAUAAGCUGGUUCCCUACACAGAAAAUUGCCUCUCUCAGACCACGAACUUGUGAUUGACUCAGUUUAGACCCAACAGGUUAUACAUAGGCCUAAUAUCAAGGAUAAAAUGGCAUUUUAUCUUGAUAUUAGAAGAUUAGGCAUAUAUACAAUUGUUCGAUUUUAUAUAGUCCUAGGUCCAUUCAGACUUCAGUGCUCCAUACACAAUUAUGAUGAUCAUUUCAAUGCGAAUAAUAAAUGUGGCAGUGUGCCCCCUGUAGGAAAAAGGAAUAAGCUCAGAGGGUCACUGUUGUGACUGAUAACCCCAGGCAUGUUCACACCCACUGAACUUUAACUUUAAAAAGUAGCACAUAGGUGUGCACUGGGCCUUAGUCUUUUUUUGGUCACUCACACACCUGAUGGAGCAUGCUUGCACAGCGCUUGACGUAGGAACAACUCGUGAGACUAACAUCAUGGUCGCCAUGGAUGGGCUAGAUAAGGCAGGUUCGAUAUAACCGCUCAUUUUGGAAUUUAUACUGGCAGCAUUUGGUUUGUAUAUUUCACUGUCUUUAUCAGGCCGUUCUAUAUCGCCCUUUUUCUCUGGCUGUUUUCCUCUCGCAAUUUUUGCUUGUACCCCAAAUUUAGGACCAAUAAAGCUAUAGUUCUCUGGGCCGGUUUUUCUUAAGUUUUUACACGAGCAUUUAAGAACUGUAUGUCACUCACCACUCGGCUACAUAAAAAUUGUCAUGUCAUAGGUCAUUAAAGUUGUUUGCCUGCUUUUGGUUAAUUUAGUAAGGUUCUACAACAUUAAUGAAUCAUGUGUCUUUACUUUUAGCUCCAUUGAAGAAUGUUCGUUGCUCAGACUAUAGCAUCAGAACACAAAGAUCUGAUUCAUGAUGUAUCUUUUGACUGCCAUGGAAGGAGGAUGGCUACAUGUUCCAGUGAUCACACUGUCAAGGUUUGGCAAUAGUUUUUUACAUAGUUACGGUACUCAAAGUUUAGCUCAUUAUUUACAUUAAAACUUCGAGACCAUUUAAAAAAACGUGUAAAACAAAUGUGUGUUGGGAAACCUCUUUCAAAAUCCAGGAAAUGUGUCAGGACACAUUGUGUCAUUUAUCAAAUUUUAUGGUUUACUUGGUCUGAGUUGCAAUAGUGGCUAUUAUUAAUUACAUCCAUGUAAUUUAUUUGCCCAGCAUAAUACUGGCUAUUUAUUAGGUUGCAAUGAUUAUGGCUUUCCCCACCUCUCCCCAUGAUAGUUUAAUUUAAUAGUCUACACCGCUCUAGACUUAGCAAUCAUUAGUUUCUUCUAGACUAAGCAAUCAUUAGUUUCUUAACUAAUUUUUUUUUUAGGUUUGGGACUUGGAAAAUGGUAAAUGGAAAUGCACCGCAAGUUGGAAGGUGAGUUAUUUAUUUUGCCUCAUACUAAUGUCAAACUUACACAUUCAAUCAAGUUGGUUGAUAUUGACACACGGGCUUCUGUCAUAAAUAUAGUCUCGGUUCAUAAUUUUGAAUUUCUGUAUGACCAAAGUCACUUUCUCAUAAAUCAAAUAUGACAAAGAAUAUGACAAGACCAAAAGUAACUGUCUCAUAUAUUUUAGAAAAGAGUAUGACAGGUAAAAUUACUGAGUUAAUAUCAUUACCUCAUAUUAGCUCGAUGAAAUUAAAUAAUUUGGAAAUCUUCCCAUGUGAUUAUUAAUAACAUUUAUGUGUCUACGGUAGUCAUUAAAAUAUAAAUCUGGUUGCCUUUUAGACUCCUGGUGGCUCUGUAUCGCGAGUGACAUGGUCCCAUCCUGAAUUUGGCCAGAUACUUGCUACAUGUUCAUUUGAUCGCACUGUUGCAGUCUGGGAGGAACUUGGUGGUGACUUGAGCACCAAAGGUGACUCAUCCGCUAAUGCCUGGCUCAAGAGGAUCUCCUUAGCCGACAGUAGAACGACUGUAACAGAUGUUUGCUUUGCUCCAAAGCAUCUGGGCUUACAGUUGGUCAGUAAUACUUAUUUCAUUUUUUGUAACAUAUGAAUUCUUGUUUUUUAACUCGGCGGUGACAUCUUUGAAAAACCAUUACCCGUGUGUGGCUAGCUUACAUUACAUGUAGGUCACAUUUUCCCACAUGAAGGUUUAUGUGCAUAGUCAGUUACAGUUUUCUUAAUUAUUAACGAGCCAACUUACCUUUCGGUUCUGAAUUUCCAAAACAUUUAAUUAUUAUUGACAUCUUCUUAUAAUUUAUAAAUAUAUUUUAUAAACUUAUAAUUUAUGUAAACACAUCUGCACCAAAUGAGAGCAGUUUCUAAUUUAAUAAAAAUCAGAAAGUAAAUAAACACAUCUCCAGCUUAUUUACAUCUGGUUUGGUUUUGGUAACCUUAUGACUAGUUGCCGUGGAAAAUACUUGGUAACCACCCUCAAAAUAAGAUGCAAAUAACAAAGAAUAAAUUUUUUUUUAAAUUCUGACCAUCCCAUGUGGUUUUAAUUAUGCCUGUAAAUUAAAAAUUUCAAACCCAAACAAAAUUUAGGAAAUAAAUAUAUCCAUAGUUUCACCAUGAAACAAACUGUGACGCUCAUAGAUGCUCCUUCACCAUGAUAGAGGGAAAGUUUUGCCCUACCAUCGGCUCAUGGCUUACCUGAAUAUGGAGGGGGGGUUGGGUUAAUAUAAAUUUUUCAUACACAAACAUCAAAUUCCGACACUUGUGUUCUUAUUCAGCUGUUUUCCACCUGCAUGUUUUAAGAUUUAAAAAAAAAAAUUAAUAUAAGCCCAUGGAAAAGGUUUUUUGUGUGCAUUUAAUGAAAAGUAUAAAAAAUUAGGGUGUCUCUUGGGGUAAAGUAGCAGCUGAAAUAUAAUCCAUUCUGCCCUUGGCAUCACAGAUGAAUAGUUGUUCUCAAUAAUGUAUGUCCUCUGGAUGGCUAAUAAAUAAUCCCUCCCAAUCUUUCUGGAAAUGUAGACAACUGUUUAUCUCUGCGCAGGCCACUUGUUCAUCUGAUGGGAUUGUCAGGAUCUAUGAGGCUGUUGACGUCAUGAAGCUCGGCAACUGGCAACUUCAGUGUGAGUUCAACUGUAACCUGAGUCUGAGUUGUCUCUCUUGGGGCACUUCCAGGUAAAUGUUGGUGUCUGGUGGUUCUUUUGUUGAAAAAAAAAAAGGUUUCAAUCAUGAUUAUAAAGGAAUGUAGACAUUUUUUGACUAAGGCAUGCUGGGAAGAUUGAAAAGUUUACAUCCAUAAAGGAAUAACAGGCAGAGAUAUUAAAUAACAAUCAAAUAGCUAGUACGUUUAUUUAAUUAUUUUCAUGCUCUUUAUUCUUCUCCUGCUGUAUAUAUGCCUUGCCACUGAAGAAAUAUCCUUUGUGUAAACCCUUGGUGAUGUAAGAGUUAACAAACGACUUGAACUUGUUGCCAAGUGCAGUAGUGAAAACGAUGAUGAGGACAGUGAAUUUCUAAUCCGAGUCAUUCCUUUCAGGACGAGUGCUCCAUUGAUAGCCGUCGGCAGUGACGAUGCAAACAUAGCUGCUGGGGCAAAAGUUCUGAUCUACGAGUACAGCGAAACAACCAGGUGGGUGCAAAUAUGGGUACAGUGAAACAACCAGGUGGGUGCAAAUAUGGGUACAGUGAAACAACCAGGUGGGUGCAAAUAUGGGUACAGUGAAACAACCAGGUGGAUGCAAAUAUGGGUACAGCCAAACAACCAGGUGGGUGCAAAUAUGGGUACAGUGAAACAAUCAGGUGGGUGCAAAUAUGGGUACAGUGAAACAACCAGGUGGAUGCAAAUAUGGGUACAGCAAAACAAUCAGGUGGGUGCAAAUAUGAAUACAGUGAAACAACCAGGUGGGUAAAAAUAUGAGUACCGCUACCAUGAAACAACCAGGCGGGUGCAAAUAUCCCCCACACUGAUAACUAUAACUUUAGAGAACACUAGAAAUCAUUUCCAAUGUCAUACUUUUGAAAUUUAAAAAAAAAUAUGUUUUUGAACUUUUCAAACUGUUUGAAUUUCUGCUGUAUUUCAAUCAUUAAUACGUUACUUUCAACAGAAAAUGGCAUAAAGUAAGCACCAUAUACAGUGUCAAAGAAGCUGUUCAUGAUGUUAAAUUUGCCCCCAGUGUGGGAAGGCCUUUCCAUCAAUUAGCUAUAGCAUCCGAUGAGCUUACCAUCAUAUCUCUUAAAAAUGUCAGGUAAAUUAAAUAAAAAUAUUUAAACAAUUUUUUGGUUAGCUCUGUUCUAGAAAUGAGUACCUUAGGUGCUACUAUUCAUGUAAAACAAUUGUCACUUCUGAGAGUUUUUUUAUUUAAGCCUCAUGAAAGAUGAACUUUACCUAGAGAAAACAAUAUCAUACUAUUAUGUUCAUCUAUGGCAAGUAGUGAGUAAAAAAAAAUUCACUGUGCUGUUUAAGUUAUGAAGACCAUGUAUUAAGGUAUCCUGCUCAACUGUCAAAUGUGCCUGUGCUUCACUGCGGGGGUGAUGUCAGUGCUUCACUGCCGGGUUGAUGUCAGUGCUUCACUGCUGGGGUGUCAGUGCUUUCUAUUGGGGUGAUGCCAGUGCUUUCUGCCGGGGUGUGGGUGAAUGUUGAUGGGAUAUAUUAGUGCUUAACUGCCGUGGUGGGGGAUGUAAAGAAAUAAAGCAGUGUGUGGCUGGGUUAAAUGUAGGUCACAUUUUUCCACAUGAGGCCCCUCUGAAAUGUUUGUAACAAUUUUCAUAAAAUGUUCAAAUAUUUUAGUGAUAUUUUAGUCUUCACUAACAUCAAAUUUGAAGUUUCUAGCAUAAAAAAUAUAAACACGCACCCCUUUCUGGGAGUUUUUAGUUUUUUUAUAUUUAUCUGGGAUUUUGAAAGUAUCAAUCUGAAUGUUGUCAUGUUUCUAGAUUGACUGGAAGUGUUCCAUUAAUUCAGGUCUUUUUGUGUGAUUGAUGAUGAUGUAUAUUUAUGUCUGUGUAUGUAUGUAUAUCUAUAUAUAUUGUUACACUUUGUUUUAUAGUAUAAAUCAUUGCUUGAGAGAGAGGCAAGAAUUCAUCCAAGAAAUAGUGAACUGAAAAUAUCUUCCUGGACACCCCAGUUAUAACUUUAAAAUUUUCCAAGUAUGACAGUCAACAAACAUAUCUUUCACCAUCCCCAAUAGUUUGCUACAUGUUAAAAGGAUACAACUCGGUCAGACUACAACAUUGCGUAGAUCAUAGUUGUAUUAAAAUAUAGUUACUAGUCGGAAACAGUAGCUACAUUGCUCAAACAUUGACAUGUGUUUACUUCCAGAGAAGAAAGCAGGCAAAUCUCUAGUGAGCACAGUAUAUUUGAGAUUCGUCAGUCCGGAAGAUUCAAUGACCAUGGAUCAAAGGUGAUUGCAAUGCACAUUAUUUGAAUUUUCUUUCUUAAUGUGCAUUAAACAUGAUGAUGAUAAUGUGUGUGUUUUAUUUUCUAUUGUUUUUACUGUUGUUUGAUUGCCGAAGAAGGCUUCUUGCUGACACGUUCGUUGUUUUGUUGCAUCCUUUUCUCGGGCUUUCUUUAAACUUUGUUUUACUUUCUUUCAACAAUGUAAUAAUAGUUUAUUGUUGUUUCCCAAAGUGGGGUUAGGGGAAAAGUUUUUUGGGGGUAUGCAUCACAAGGGAAAAAGUAAAUAUGUGCUUUCAAUGGUCUUAAGCCACCCCUGUGUAAGGGUUGAUCGACCCCCAAGGGGGGUCUACGUGAUAAAUGUGGGAAAUGGAAUUACCAGCUGAUUUCAGUUAUGUUAUUCUUUUAAAAAGCCAUUGCUUCCAUUGGAUAGAGAGCUUAUCUACAUCAUACAUAUUUAUAGAGAAAGAGUAAGAGAGACCAUAUUUAUGUCUUCAGUUCAAAAUGGGAUUAUUUGAAAUUUUGUUAUUUACCUACAUAUUUCUAUUAAACAUUUUGAAGAAAUUUAUACUUUUUUUUUUAUCUUUUAACCAAUUUUUGAAAAGGUCUGGAGGCUUUCAUGGAAUAUAACAGGAACCAUUCUUUCUUCCUCCGGAGACGAUGGAAGCGUUCGCUUGUGGAAAGGUAACUAACUUCAUGUGUAUUUUAAGUUAAAGUAUAUGUGGUUUUGCUUGUGAAUAGUUAGAACUCUAAGAUCUAUUCCAUGGUCAACAAUCGUGUAUCUUUUACCCGAAUCAAUGAAUUUCUUAUAGUGGAACUCAAGUUUCAGUUGUAUAUUUGAACUUAUUCGUAAGAAAUGUGAAGCUAUUAAAUAUUAAGUAAAAUUUUCAAAUUCAGAUUGUAAGUUCCAUACAACUGUAGAUAUUGAUAAUUCACAAUCAAAUAUACCAGGCACUUAUAUAUUUUUAAACAUGAAUUCCAGCAAAUUACUUGGACAUCUGGAAGUGCAUCUCAGUACUGAAAGCUGAUGGCGGUGCCCCAGAGGAAGAAAGAGCAUCAAUCCAUGCUCCCAGCAUGUCCUCAACACCCGGCUCAUUCAGAUAUUAGCAGCCAUUUCAUUGCAGGCUGAUUGUUCAGAUGUUAGCAGCCAUGUCAUUGCAAGCUGAAUGUUCGGAUGUUAGCAGCCAUGUCAUUGCAAGCUGAUUGAAUGGAGUAUGUGCGUGGCCAAACUUGUACAUAGCAACAAAACCAAUUAUUAAUGAUGUUGCUGUGCCUGAGGGUAAAGUGAAAAUGCUGUUUUAUUGGACUUGACACAAAAGUUGCUGAAAGGAGACAUUAUUUCUGAUGGUGCUUUUAUACAUGAAGAUUGUGUUCAGUGUAUUUCCUGGUAGCUGUUGUGCUAUUUGCAAGGUGUGGACCCAUCACCGCUCUAUGAAAGUAUUCUAAGCUGAGCUUCAGGGAUGUAAACACUACCUUCACAACAGCUCAGUUGUCUGGCUUAAACAGGGGGUGGGAAUUUAAAUAAAGGUGGUUAAGAAUGAUCUCCCAUAAUAAAUAUGGAGACUUGGAGAAGUUAAAUUAAAUUGACUUGGUCCAACCUUGCACAACUCUUAGCCUGAUUUCCUGGUUUCAAAGGAAAUGUUAUAGAUCUACAAAUUUAAUUAUUAAUUACAAAUUGUGAGCAUAUUUUGCUCUUC